AUGGACGAAAACAUCUCGACCUUUGCCUCCAUCACCGGGGCGAGCGCCGACGUCGCUCACGGAUUCCUGCAGCUCGCAGGAGGCGACUUUGAACGAGCCGUCGGGCUCUACUUUGAGAAUCCAGACCUCGUGUCCGGCGUCGGUGCCGGCGUGUCCGGCGGUGGCGGUGGCGACGGCUCGGGCAACGCACCGCCGUCGACGUCUCGCAGGCAAAACAUCGGGCGUGAAGACGCCAGCGGCGUGAUUCACAUCAGCGACGACGACGACGACGACGACGACGACGACGACGUCGAAAACGGCGAUGACGUCGAAAACGGCGAUGACGUCGAAAACGGCGACGACGGCGGCGUCAUGGACGUCGACGAAGCCGACGACGACAAGGAAGGAACGAGCGUCGCCGCCGUGGCCGCGCGGGCACAGGAGGAGGAGGAUGCCGCCAUGGCACAGCGGCUCCAGGAAGAGAUGUACCAAGGGGCGCGGUCGUCGGCGUCGGGCGUCGAGGACGUGAGAGCUCCGAUUGCGAGGACGACGGAGACGCUGAUCGCGCCGGAUCCCACCUGGGUUCCCGGCGCCGACGACCAGGGCAUGGGAUACGACAUGCGGUCCACGGUGCUGGACCAGCUCAGAAGACAGCACGGCUCCGCUCGAGCCGGCGGGCCGUUUGGCCAGAGCAUCUGGGGAGACGAUGGCGGCUCGCCCCCGGCGGAAGCCGAGAACGGAUCCCACACGAGGAGGCUCGAAUACUUGUUCCGGCCGCCCUUUGACAUGAUGGCGCGCGUGACGUGGGACGAGGCCCGCACGCUGGGCAAGGAAGGCAAGAAGUGGAUACUGGCCAACCUCCAGGACAUGAGCAACUUCAACUGCCAGGCGCUCAACCGAGACAUCUGGAAGGACGCGGCCGUCCGCGACAUGGUGACGGAGAACUUCAUCUUCCUCCAGUACGACAAGGAUUACCCCGACGCGCAGGAGUACGUGCAGUUUUACUUUCCCCACCAGACGCACGAGAACGCCGACAACUACCCGCACGUCUCCAUCGUCGACCCCCGGACGGGCGAGCAGGUCAAGGUCUGGAGCGGACGGCCGUUCCCGAAGGCGGCCGACUUUCACGCCGAGCUCGCCGAGUUCCUCGACCGGUACAGCCUCGAGGCCAACAGCAAGAACCCGGUGGCGAAGUCGUCGGCGAAGAAGCCGGCGGUGGUGGACGUGGACCGCAUGACGGAGGAGGAGAUGCUGGAGAUGGCGCUCAAGAACAGCCUCGCCGGCAGGGCGGGCGGCGAGAGCAGCGGAUCCGGCUCGACGCCCAACAUGCACGACCCCGACGCGCUGACCAAGUCUCCGGCCACGACGGGCGGGGGCGAGGGACGGGGCGAGGGACGGGGACGGGGCGAGGGAGCGCAGGGCGAGGAGUCUGGGGCGGAGCAGGCGGCGGAGCAGGCGGCGGAGACGACGAAUCCGUUUCUGCGCAUAUCGAGCUCGCGACGGCACGCGGAACCGGACAACGACGCGGCGACGACGACGCGGAUCCAGUUCCGCCACCCCGACGGGCGCGUCAUCCGACGAUUCAGGCUCGCCGACGUCGUGCGCACCGUGUACGAGUGGCUCAAGUCGGAACCGCUCGAGGGAAAGGCGGGCGUCGAGUUUGAGCUCAAGAAGAUGCCGCAGGGCCAAGAUUUGAUCGACAGCCUCGACUCGACCAUUGAGGAGAGCGGGCUGAAGCAGGGCACCGUCAUGAUUGAGUUUAUCGAGUGA